UUGAAUUCGAGGGAGAAAUUAUAGAUUUUGAAGCUUAUAUAAUGAAGAGAGCAGCGGAGAAGGAAAGAUCAGAGAUUCGGGGAUCAAAACGUUGUAGGUUCGCCGAAGGUUAUGAAGAGAUGCCUUUGCCAACAGAGAUAGACGCACAAUCAUAUCUGAUUUCAGUAAAAGAGCAUUUCAAAGAUGAUAUGGGAAAAUUUGCAGAGUUUAUUCAAAUCCUCGAUGAUUUUAGGUCAAAGACAUGUGAUGCGAUUAAGGUUAUUGCCAGAUUGAAACAGCUCGUUAAGAGCCAUGAACUUCUUUUAGGUUUCAAUAAAUUUCUCCCAAAAGGCUUCGAAAUCUUGUUACCUUCCGAAUAUUUUCUACGAAACGAACAGCAAGUUCAGCUCAAGGAAGCCUUAGGAUAUAUUUGGAAGAUUAAGACGCGCUUCCAAAAUGAAGAAUAUAUACGCAAGGGAUUCUUUGGAAUAUUUAAUGCGUAUAUGAAGGGAAACAAAAGGGGCAAUGAUAUGCAUGCAGAGGUGAAAUUGCUGUUUUGUGAUCAUCAAGAUCUUGUAGAUGAAUUCGCAUAUUUUCUACCAGCCUUAACGGGUUCAGCUCUUGUUCACCAUCAUCAAGAUUCUGCAAUGCAUGUAUUUGAACCCGCCGGUAUAUUGACUUCUGUUAAAGAUUUACAAAAAGAAGGCAUGGGCAAGCAACCACAAAAAUAUUUCACUUCAAAUAAUAAUUGACUCCAAAGCUCCCAAUUUGCUUCUUUGAAGAAAGAUGUUGAAGAAACAUCUGAUGCUGCAGUGGAUCAAGAUUCUUAUAGAAGGAAUUUGACAAUAAAUUCUGAUGAUUUGUAUGAUAAGCAGAGAUAGGUGGGUCCACCUGAUGACUCUACUGGCAAAAAUUCUCAGGAAGGCCCUCCUACAGACCCCAGUAAAACUAUAAGUGGCAAUAAUCCACAGCAUUUGGAUUUUUUUGAAAAAAUAAAAAGAAAUCUUGGAGACUUUGCAUAUCAACAAAUAGUGAAAUGCAUCAAUGUCUACAAUAGAAAAAUAAUCAAUUCAAAGCAUUUGCAACAUCUGUGCCUUCAGUUAGAGACGGACACAAGGAUCAACCUCACAAAUCAAAGGCUAUGUUGGGUAGCAAUGCUUUGACAGCUUCAAACAAUGAGAAAAUCACAUACAAACCAAAAUCAGAGAUGGACCUUUCUAAUUUCGAGCAAUGUACUCCUAGAUACCGUUUGCUACCACAGAAUUUCCUGAAACCCAUUGGCAGCUGUUCAACUGAUCUUGACGCAGAGGUAUUGAAUGAUAUUUGUGUAUCAGUAGCAUCUAGUACAGAGGAUUACCGAAGAAAAAGGCAACUUAACCCUUAUCAGGAGGCCAUUCUCAAUUGUGAGGAUGACAGAUUUGAGUUGGACAUGCUCAUAAAAAAUUUAGAAGCUGCAAUUGAGCGUGUACAUGAGUUACUGGAAAAGCAACAUGACAACACAACUCAGACAAGUGCUCAUUUCAGAAUUGAAGACCACCUGACUUCUUUCUAUGAAUUUAAGGUGCAUUGAGCUCAUUUAUGGAAAUUGCGGGCUUCGUAUAAUAGAUCUGCUGCUUGAAAAGCCAGAUCGUUGUUUACCAGUAAUUGUAAAACGUCUUCAACAGAAGCACGACGAAUGGGUCGAUUGUCGGACCAGAUUCAACAAAGGCUGGGCAAAUGUUUAUACAAAGUACUAUCAGAGAUCUCUUGAUCACCAUAGCUCCCGCUUUAACCAAAGAGAUGCAAAAUGUUUGAGCCAGUUGGAAAAUUAUAUGGAGGAUUGUUGUAUAUAAUAUUAAUUUCGGACUUGUGAAAACAUGAUUGAGGUUUUACU